AUGAAAGCAUCCUAAGAGGUUAAUCCUUCAGAUUCCUUAAUAUAAUUAAUUAAUUCCCAUUGCGAACUUGAUCAAAUAACAAAUAAAUAGAUGUUCGGAGAGGGUGAUCAUCAGUAAGUUUCUUCUCUUCCCAAUGAUUAAAUAAGAAAAACUAGACUUUAAGGUAAACAAAAUGAAUAAAUCAUAAUGAAUAACUAAGACUUAUUCAAUGUGAACUAUUCCAAAAGUGUUUAUAUAAAUAAAAUAAACUCACUUAUUGAAAUUACCCCUGCUCCCAAAGAAUUUUCAUGUGCCAAUAAAAAAGAGUAAUAUCAAUAAAUUGUAAUAUAUAGUUAAAAGGCCUAUCAUAAAGCGAAGAAAUAAUUCGAAAAAGAAAAUGGAUACUAUUUUGAAGAGCAAGGCUUGGAUGACAGCAAUAAAAUAAAGCUGGCCAAGAACAGACAAUCUGCAAGGGAUUCAAGAAAGCGAAAGAAAAUAUAUGUCGAGCUUCUUGAAAUCAAAGUAGCUGACCUCAGUAAACGAAUCGAAGUUCUCCAAAAAAAUCUCGAUGAUCAGAAUUUAUUUAUUAAUCAUUGUGUCAAGAUANACAUUUUUGGCAUUUGGAAAUUCUACUUGUGAUUUCUUUGUCAAUACUAAAUUGGCUUCGAUUGGUUAUGGAUUGAUGGCAAUGACAGGAUGUUUUUCAGGAACCAUUUUUAAUAUGUUAUGUGGAUUUGGAGGAGCGUUAGUUAGAUUGACUACUAUUAAGUCAUAUCCAGGAAUCAUUUCUUUUGAUUUAUUUAGAGAUCCAAACAGUGAUUCAUAAACGGACAUUGUAAAAUUAUAUAUAAUUUCUAGAUUAUAGCUAGAAUGAAUAAUUCAAUUGCUUAUUGUGUCCUUGUUUUUUCUUUAAUGAAUAUAAUAAUGACAUGCAUCGUAGUAAUAAAUAAAAAGUAUUAUUUAUUCUCUAUAUUUAGGUACAAACUGACAAAAAAUUUAGCAUAUUACUAUUUCUUUGUGUACUUCCUGUUUUUUAUUUUCAUAACAACUUUAACAGUUGCAUUAAGUUCAAUUGUCAGCUAUAUAUAGGAUAAAUGA